AAAACAUUUUAAGAGAUGGAUGACCGACCCUCCAAGAAACGCAAAAGCACCGUCAAGAUCCCCAAACGCGCCAGCACUCCCGGUAACGAAUCUCCCAGUAGUCCCAAUCUCCCGUCCACGGUCCCCAUACCAGAUCCCACUGUCACAAAACCGGACGAUGCGGAAGGCGAUAUAGCAGAAGAGCCUAAAGAUGAUGACGUGGAAUUGGACGAUGAUAUUGAGGAUGAGUUGCUGCAUCCACGGAAAGGGGUAGAUAAGGAGGCAGAACGAGCUUUAUUGGCGACAUUUACACAGGAACAAGUUCAGAGAUAUGAAGUCUUUCGACGAGCGCAUUUCCAGAAAGGGGGUAUGAAAAAGUUUUUGCAAGGAGUUUUGGGACAGAAUGUAUCUGAAAGCUCUGCGAUUGUCGUGGCGGGCGCCGCAAAACUAUUUGUAGGAGAAAUGACAGAAAAAGCACGUGAAGUCAUGGAGGAAUGGGGGGAUACCGGUGGCAUUCAACCUGAACACUUGCGAGAAGCUUAUCGACGGUACAAGCAUGACCCUGCAUCAUUUACGCCAGCUGGGUCCAAAAAGCGACUUUUCCGAUAAUGGCUCAAGGACUGUACAUAAUUUGGAAAAGCUAUUCUCGUAAUUUGUAGAUAUACGCUAGAAACAGCAUGCUUGUACAUAUAUGUUCAUCUCGCAACAAAAUACAUAAUGCUAAGUACCGCAAAACAGGA